AAAAACUAGUUUUCUUCUAGUUGACAACUUGGGAUCAAAUUCCUUCUCUUGUCUUGUCUCUCUCUCUCUCCUCAGUUUCUUUGUUUGUCUCUCUCUAGCAAAAAGGAGCCAACUUUUUCUCAUCAAAUCAGAUUCAAAUUUCGCCGAGAAGAGACGAAAUCACGAACCAACAGUUGCUUGCAAUAAUUAAAUUAAUAAACAAUCAAAUUAAGAUUUCUGACGACUUUCAGGCGCAUGCUUGAGAGAGAGACGAACAGAGAAACAGAGGGAGAGAGAGAUCGAGAGAAACGGAAUCACAGCACCUUUACCUUCGUUUCGUUGUCGUAGUAGCUUGCAUCUGUUGAUUUGCAUUGAAGGCGGUUAAUUGUUCUCUUUCUCGUUUGUGAGAAAUCCGAGCAUCUUGAGGAUUUGAUAGAGAGACACGGCGACCCUCCUCUGUCCCCUGUCCCUUUCUUCUUCUUCUUCUUCUUCCCACCUCGCUCUUUAAUGCGAGUCUCUCUAUUUAUUCCGAUCCCCAUUUGCCCUCAAAAUCAAACUCCAUAACGAAAUCCCAGUUCAUUUCUUAUGCAAUUUUGAGCUGCACGAGCCUUUUCCAAGGGAAAGUUUUCAUCUUUCCCCCCUGAUUUUUAAUGGAUGGACGUUGAAGAAGAAGAAGACCAUAAAGAAAGUGCAUGACUUUUGAACUUUAUGAUGAUCCUCCCUCAGCUUGAUACUUCAACUAAGGGAUCGAAUUCGGCAUGGGGGAUAGAGAUAGGAAGGAUAUAAGGCCCCUUUUGCUGAGAUUUGGUGUAGUUGUAUCGGUUUCCUUUGCUGGAUUCCUAGCCUCUCGCGUGGCAGCCAACAGAAUCCAUAUGGCCAAGCAGCAGCAGCAGCAGCAGCCUCCUCGUUCCCCGAGAUCUCCAGAUAAUGAGAGUAGUAGUAAAGCUGAUGUUGGAGUAAGCAAGGCCUUUUGCGAUGAUGACAUUCCUUCUGUGAAAAGAAGUCCUGGUUCUGGUUGCAUGGGAUUGGAUGGACAAAAUGUUGUUUGCAGGGUGAAGGCUGCCGGUGAAACUUCCACGGGCAACUUUUCACCAAGCUGCAAGCUGAGUGGAGAUAAAGAUGGCUACCUAUUGCCAGAAUUCAAUGAUCUAAUAAACGAUUUCGGUGUUCCUAAGCAACUUAGAAGUGCUGAGGAGGAUGAGAAAGAGAUUAGGCAUUUAAAGAACAAGGUGAAAACGUUGGAGGAGAGGGAGAGGAAGCUCGAGGCCCAACUGGUAGAGUUGUAUGGCCUCAAAGAGCAUGAAACUGCUGUCACUGAGCUGCAGAACCGAGUCAAGAUAAACAACAUGGAGACCAAGCUUCUCACCCUCAAGAUGGAGUCUUUACAAGCCGAAAACCAGAAGCUUGUGGCUCAAGCUUCAGAACAUACAAAAAUUGCUUCUGAGCUGGAUGCUGCGAGGGCCAAGAUCAAGUUGCUGAAAAAGAAGUUGAGGUCUGAAACUGAACAGAACAAGGAACAGAUCUUGGCACUUAAGAAGAAGGUUUCCAAGCUGCAAGAACAAGAAAUCGGUGCUGCUUCCAGCGAUUCAGAGCAGCGGCUGAAGGAUUUGGAGGUACAGACAGAAGAGUUGACGAAGUCUAACAUGAAACUGAAGCAAGAGAACUCAGAUUUGGCUCAUCGAUUGGAAGCCACUCAAGUGCUUGCAAAUUCUGUUCUUGAAGAUCCAGCGGUAAUGGAGGAGCUGAGGCAAUUGAGCAACCGGCUAAGCGAGGAGAACAUUCAUCUGAAAAAAGAGGUGGAGCGACUCAAAGCCGAUCGAUGCUCAGACGUCGAAGAGCUUGUCUAUCUCAGGUGGAUCAAUGCCUGCUUGAGGUAUGAGCUGCGGAAUUUUCAGGCGCCGAAUGGGAAAACAGCUGCACGAGACCUGAGCAAAUCACUGAGCCCCGAGUCCGAGGAGAAAGCAAAAAAGCUGAUACUUCAGUAUGCGAAUCCUGAAGGAAUGGGGGAGAAAGGAAUGAGAAUGGUAGAUUUCGAGACAGAUCAAUGGAUUUCCUCCCAAGCAUCAUACAUCACAGAUUCCACACACUUUGAUGACACUUCCUCAGUAUCAACAAAGGCCACCAGCAUCAGCAACCAUAGCCCCAGAAAGCUCAAGAUCUUCAAGAAGCUCAGGAGGUUAAUACGUGGGAAAGAUGCUCACAGCAAAGAUGAGCACAGGAUGGAAGAUUCUGAUUAUCCUAGCAGUGUGUCAACUGGGACUGAUGCAGGAAGUGACACACAGUCCAAUAGAGGUCUGACACCAUUGAUUUCAUAUCGGUACUCUACUGAUAGUCAAAGAAUGAGCAUUCCUGGGUUGUAUGAUGCUAAGGAUGUGGAGAGUCUUCGUGCAACGAGCGAUCUGGGGUCCACCGAUUUGCUCAGGAGGUUUUCAUCAGGCCCAGAAACAAGUAGAGACUUUUUACCUGAGAAUGAUGACCUGGGGAAAUCUGACUUGGUUAGGUUUGCUGGAGUGUUGAAAGAUUCCAAUGGUAAUAAUGUAACGGAGCUACAACAUAGAAAAGGGAAAAGCAGUAUCUUUUAGCUGAUACAUAUCUAAAGAAUAAUCUCUGUUCUAAAUGCAUUACCUAGAUGCAUGCUGUAUACAGUAUACUACUUGUUUUGUAGUUGUGAAAUGAAACGGGGAAGUGAAAAAGUUGUGAGCUAUGACUACUGAGUUCUUUCUCUGCAUACUUCAAUUCUCUUAAAGCUCCAUCAAGAGUGGUAUAUAUAUAUAUACACUGUGGAACAACGGUUAUACUCACAACCCACUUGGAACUCAACAACUAAUCUUAAUAUUAAUCCUCGGCAUCUAAAUCAAUGGGGCAAGUUCCAUCAUCUACAUUGGCUAGAGGAUUGUAAAGAUGUGAACUAGGAUCCAUGCACCCUUCAACUAGAUCAAGAUUGCAUCGAUCACCCUGCAAAUUUCACAGCACAAUGUAACAGAAUUAGCAGCCUGUCUUUUUCAUUUUGACACUUGAG